GCUCCCUGCCUUACGGCGGGUGUCGCGCGGCCCCGGUGGUUUGCGACAGGUUCGCGGUGGCGGGGCCCGGUGGGUGCGAUGGACGUGGGGGAGCUGCUCAGCUACCAGCCUAACAGAGGGACAAAAAGACCCCGUGAUGAAGAGGAAGAGGAAAUCAAAGCACGUCGGAAACAAGCCAGUGCCCGAGAACAUGGUCGUCCUAGGGAAGAGGAGUCUGCUGCCCUGGAAGAAACUGAUGAUGAGAAGAAGAAACUCCUUCAAAUAAUUGAGAGGGAUGGAGAAGAGGAAGAUGAAGAAGAGGAACCUUUGGAUGAAAGUUCAGUGAAGAAGAUGAUUCUAACCUUUGAGAAGAGAUCCUACAAAAACCAGGAGUUGCGGAUCAAGUUUCCUGACAAUCCAGAGAAGUUCAUGGAGUCGGAACUGGAUUUAAAUGACAUCAUUCAGGAAAUGCACGUGAUCGCGACCAUGCCCGGCCUGUAUCACCUGCUGGUGGAGCUGAACGCUGUGCAGUCUCUGCUUGGGCUGCUGGGACACGACAACACAGAUGUUUCCAUAGCUGUGGUUGACUUGCUGCAAGAGCUGACUGAUAUUGAUACUCUCCAUGAGAGUGAAGAAGGAGCCGAAGUCCUCAUAGACGCUCUCGUGGAGGGCCAGGUUGUGGCCUUGUUGGUCCAGAAUUUAGAGCGCCUGGAUGAAAGUGUGAAAGAGGAGGCUGAUGGUGUCCACAACACCCUGGGAAUUGUGGAGAACAUGGCAGAGUUCCGGCCAGAGAUGUGCACGGAGGCUGCACAGCAAGGCCUCAUGCAGUGGCUGCUCAAGAGGCUGAAGGCUAAGAUGCCUUUUGAUGCCAACAAGCUGUACUGCAGUGAAGUGCUGGCGAUUCUGCUCCAGAAUAAUGAUGACAACAGAGAAUUGCUUGGGGAGCUGGAUGGGAUCGAUGUGCUGCUUCAGCAGUUAUCUGUGUUUAAACGGCACAAUCCAAGUACAGCAGAGGAACAGGAAAUGAUGGAGAACCUGUUUGACUCCCUUUGCUCCUGCCUAAUGCUCAGCUCCAAUCGUGAUCGCUUCCUGAAGGGUGAGGGUCUGCAGCUGAUGAACCUGAUGCUAAGAGAGAAGAAGAUCUCCCGCAGCAGUGCCCUGAAGGUGCUGGACCACGCCAUGAUCGGACCAGAGGGCACAGACAACUGUCACAAGUUUGUGGACAUCCUUGGGCUGAGAACCAUCUUCCCUCUCUUCAUGAAAUCACCCAGAAAGAUAAAGAAAGUUGGAACAACUGAAAAAGAACAUGAAGAACAUGUCUGUUCCAUCCUGGCCUCCCUUCUGCGAAACCUGAGAGGGCAGCAGAGGACACGGUUACUGAAUAAAUUCACAGAGAAUGACAGUGAGAAGGUUGAUAGGCUGAUGGAACUGUAUUUUAAGUACCUGGAUGCAAUGCAGGCAGCUGAUAAGAAGAUUGAUGGGGAGAAACACGACAUGGUGCGUCGAGGAGAGAUCAUAGACGAUGACAUGGAAGAUGAAUUCUAUCUCCGUCGUCUGGAUGCCGGGCUCUUUGUGCUGCAGCUCAUCUGUUACAUCAUGGCAGAGAUCUGCAAUGCCAACGUUCCCCAGAUUCGUCAGAGAGUCCACCAGAUCCUGAACAUGAGAGGCAGCUCCAUUAAAAUUGUUCGACACAUCCUGAAGGAGUACGCAGAGAACAUCGGGGACGGGAAGAACCAGGAGUUUCGGGAGAGCGAGCAGAAGAGGAUCCUGGAUCUGCUGGAGAAUUUCUGAGGAGCUGGGAGACACCUCUGUGUCUGCCCACAAGGACGUGGCACCACUUCUCCCUCCUUCUGCCCCUCCUCCAGCCUCUAUUGCACGAUGAAAGUGAUGUUUCUAUGAAACUGCUUCUAAAUGGGAUUUGGGAGAUAUUAAAGAUAGUUUGCUUUUUUUUA